CUUCGUGUUUGUCCCCGGUCCCAGGGUGAGCAGGUCACGUGAUCACACGCCCACACUUUUCAAACGCCAUGUUGCAGCUCUUUUCAGUUCAGUUUGAGUGAUUACCUCCUGCAGACUGUCCAGUCCUAGACUGACUGUCUCUGAGAUGACUGACAUCAUGGAAGUUGAGAUGAAGUCAGCUGCCACAGAAGAAGCCAUGGAUGACACAACCAAUAAAGAGGAGCAAGAUGAAUCAGGGGCACACAAACCCAAGAGCAGGAUAUAUCCAGGGGAAAUCAUUGAAGGAAAACGAGAGAAGAAGACAGUCCAGAGACUUAACAUGCAGAUGGGUAAACCGAAAGAAAAGCUGAAAGUUGAGAGUAUAGGCCACGGGGACAAAUUGGGAGACAUUGCUCGUGUCAAUCACGCCAUCGGAAAGCUCAAAGCCCCACAGCUGAAACCUCUUCACAAGAUUCUUUAUGAUCGUCCAGGAGCAGUAUCUUCGCUAAGGAAACACCUUCGACUGUUCAAUGGAUUUCCAUUCGAAAUCGACAGUGACCCUUACAACAAAAAGAGGGAAAAAGUGCUGAAGCUCCCUAAAAUACAACUCAGGACUAUUUGUCAAAUUCUUGAUCUUGAGAGAAGUGGAAAUCAGAGUGUUUUGGUUGAUAGGAUCAUGCAGUUUCUUAUAAACCCCACAAAUUCAGGCAAGCCAGUACUCUUGAAAAAGAAAAGAAAGAAGAAAACUACAAAAGACGCCAAACGAGAGAAGAAAAUUUCAUCUAAGAGCAAGCAGCAGCAAUUAGAAAGUGGAAAGUCGAAAGCAAUCGUUACUGAUUCCAGCAGCGAUGAAGCUGAUGAAGAAGAUAAAGGUAAAAACGAGGACGGUGAAAAGUCAGACAGUCAAAAACAUGAAGGUGAUGAAAGUACUUCUGAAGAAGUGGAGGAGGAGAAGAGCGUUGAUUCGGAUGAAGGUCCAGAAGAUGACAAGGAUGAAGAGACCUCAAAGUCAAAGAAACCCAGUAGUAAAAAGAAACCCACCACCAAGAAGGAACCAAAGAAGGCCGACGACUCUGACCAGGCUCUAUCAGAUGAAGAUGAUGAUGAUUCAGAGUCUGCUGAAGACACACCUCCAAAAAAGGUUAAAAAGAAACCAGCUACCCAGAAGAAAGUGAAGGCCAAGCCUGCUCCUAAAACAAAGAAAGCAGACAGCAGUAGCAGCAGGAAGAAAAACGCUGCAAGCAAGACCAAAUUGAAGCCCGAAAGCUCAGAUGAUGAUGACGAUGAUGAACCUCUAAUCAAGAUGAUUAAAAAGUCACCAAGCGAUGAACAGUUGAAAUCAGCUGUCAAAGACCUCCUGAAAAAUGCAAACCUGGAGGAAGUGACGAUGAAGCAGAUUUGCCAACAGGUUUAUGACCUUUAUCCAGACUUUGACCUGACAGCCAGGAAAGACUUUAUCAAGCAGACAGUGAAGAGUUUAAUAUCCUAACAGGAGGAAGCCAUUCUUUUUUGUUUGAAGAACAGUGUGCAGAGUUACAGAAGAGUGUGAAUAGUCAUCCUAUUUUCAUAAAUACAGUUGUUUGUUAUUUUGUCUUUUUAUUAUAUUUUUUGCAGAAUUAUCAAAUGUUUGUGCAUCUUUUUUGUAUAGCUUUAUAUUUGAGAAUACAUGGAUAAUUUUGUAUAGUACAUGUACAUUUAUAUAGUACAUAACAUUUUACAUGUACUUUUUCCUCCAAGAAUUUUUCUGUCCUAAAUUUUGAUGUACAUUUAUUUUUCCUGUUAGAGAAGCGUCAGACUUUGAACUAAAAUGUCUGAUUGCUAAUUUUGUUGUUGAUCAGUGUACAGGUAUUCUGUUUUCCCCAUUUUUGUUCAAAAUGUGGUCUGUUUCUUUUUAUUUUUUUAGUUAACUUUUUUGUUAUUUAUUGCUUUUCGUAUUAAAGAAAUGGUGCCGGGAGAGAAAUCAAAUUCACACAAAUUUCCCCUGACCACAAAUGUAGUUGUUCAGCCAAUUUAGUGUGCAAAUUUUACAAGCGUAGGAGCUAAUUAGAAGCGAUUAUGAUCGUCAGUUUAGUUUCAAGCAAACUGCAUGCCGAAAUCAUCACACGUUUAACAACGAUAACAUUUUGGGCAAUGCGAUAUCAUUUAUUAAUAAUAAAAUAAGCAGAGAAAUUUCUAAUUUCAGUUUUGAAGGGGAAAAAAACCCCACAACUGAUUUGUGAUUCAAAAUGGCUGCCGUUACAUCUUUCAGCCAUGUGAUGUACUUUUGUCUGUUAUUUGGACAACAGUAGGUCAUCUGGUUGAUAUUAACGUGGUUCGAGGGAAGUCUAUGAUGAUUUCAGGAUGCGAUUGGCUUGCCUGAUCCUUUAAGGUAUGUGUAGAUUUGACUUCCCGGACCCAUCCUUUAAAGCUGUUUCAUUGUGUGAAUGACAGAGCAUACUUGCAUAUGUUUGUUUGAUUUAUAUUGUCAUUUUAUUUUCUUGGUGUGUUUUUGAAUAUAGAUGAAUGAUAUUAAGUAUUUUCCUCCGCAGCAUACGUUUACAAUUCUUGUCUGACUUUCUGGUAUGAAAAGGCAAAUAACUGCUCAACUAACAAGGCACAUCAGAGAUGGAAUGCUAGCAUGUAAAUAUUUUUUCCCCUCUUUUUUAAAUAAACAGGUUUUAUAUUUAACAGGACACAUUUUCAGUAGCAAACAAUUUAACAACCUGCUGCCAUAUGUAAUUCAACAUUACAUUGAUUUUUUUCUGGCUUAAUUAAGGUAUGCACUUCUUUACUAGGUAUGUGUAAAGAAUUGUCAUAACUGAAUCCAGAAAAUAAAAAGUUUUUUAUUA